GUUAGUGUGUCGGAACGAGCGCUUGAAGCCGGAAAAGUUGACUACGUAAAAUACCAUACUGCCGCGUGCCCCAAAGGGUUAAUGUUCUUUGUGGUCGUACUCCAUGUCGAUAGAUAUAUAUACAAACAAUCCAAACUAUAUACAAACUAUCGGAUUAAAAAAUCAAGGAUUUUCAUCAUGAUCCAGUGGCACCGUGGAAUUACAACUAAACUAAUAUUCAUGGUUGUAUUGCAAGACUGGGUACAUGCAAUGGACAAAAUCAAAAUAGGAGCACUAUUUACUUAUGAUCAGAUCAACGGCAGUGCCGAGGUAGCGUUUAAAUUUUCAGUAAACCAAAUCAACCACGAUGUUAACCUUCUACCUCACACUCAAGUAUCGUACGACAUCCAAUAUGUACCGAACGAUAAUAGUUUCUACGCUACUAAAAAAGCGUGCAACCAGUUGAAUCUGGGGAUCACCACAUUGUUCGGACCUAGCAACGGUUACUUGGCGUCUCACGUCCAUUCCAUGUGUGAUGCACUUGACCUACCGCACAUGGAAGCCAGAUUAGACUUGGACAAUGAACCUAAACGGUUGUCAGUAAAUUUAUAUCCAGCGCAAAAUCUCCUGAACCAAGCGUACAAUGAUGUCAUUUCGUUUUUGAACUGGACCAAGAUGGCGAUCAUCUACGAACACGACUAUGAUUUAUUUAGAAUGAAAGACUUCAUGAAAAGUGUGCCGAACAAAAAACCCGUAGACGUUUAUCUGAGAUACGCAACGCCCGAGACGUACAGGUCAGUUUUGAGUGAAAUAAAAAAUAUGGAAAUUUAUAACAUGUUGGUUGAUACAAAAUCGGAACACGUGAACCAUUUUUUAAGAGGAAUUUUGCAGCUCCAAAUGAACGACUACAAAUUUCAUUAUCUCUUUACGUCUUUUGACAUGGGAAUGUUCGACUUAGAAGACUUCAAAUACAACUUUGUCAACUUGACAGCGUUCAGGAUGGUAGACGUAGACGACGUUGGGGUUCGAGAAAUUUUGAAGCAAAUGAAAACGUAUGCCGUCGAAAACAAUCAUACUGUGGACAAAUUCAUGUUGACACAGUGUGAACCCGCACUCGUAUAUGAUUCGGUUCAAGUAAUGGCCGUCGGUUUAAGUGCUCUCCAACACAAUAACAAACUGGAAUACGCCAACAUAUCGUGCAAAGAGGAAAUACCAUGGAAAAGUGGCUCGAGCUUAAUAAACUACAUCAAUUCGGUUGAAGUCAAAGGGCUUACGGGACCUAUACAGUUCAAGGAAGGUAGAAGAACCGAUUUUAAGUUGGAUUUGAUGAAAUUAAAACAGCACUCGUUGUCUAAAGUAGGCGAAUGGACUCCUGGAAUAGGUAUCAAUAUAACCGACAUGUCAGCGUUUCACGAUACUGCACCUUACAACAUCACACUCGUUGUUGUUACAAUAGAACAAUUCCCUUAUGUUAUGAUGCAUCGUACUAAAAACUAUACGGGCAACGCGAGGUUCUACGGAUUUUGUGUCGAUCUACUGGAAAUGAUUGCCAAACAAGUGGGUUUCGACUAUAUAUUGGACUUGGUGCCCGACAACAAGUACGGUGCCCAAGACCCUGUAACGCUGGAAUGGAACGGUAUUGUGGAACAGCUGAUAAAACACAAAGCGGAUUUGGCAGUCGGAUCUAUGACCAUUAACUAUGCCAGGGAGAGCGUCAUUGAUUUCACAAAACCGUUUAUGAACUUGGGAAUCAGUAUAUUGUACAAGGUACCUAGCAAUCAACCGGCACAGUUCUUCUCGUUCAUGAACCCGUUAGCCAUGGAAGUAUGGAUAUACUGGCUGGUCGCCUAUAUUGUCGUUUCAUUUACAUUGUACAUCGUAGCCAGAUUUUCACCUUACGAAUGGGACGAUCCUAACUCUGGAGGCGUGUGGAACAACUCAAACUCGGAUUUCAGUCCCUCGAAUUCAAACAGAUUUUCGCUUUCCAAUAGUUUUUGGUUCACAAUCGGCUCACUCAUGCAACAAGGCUCCGACAUUUACCCAAAGGCAAUAUCCACGAAAAUUGUCGGAUGUGUUUGGUGGUCGUUCACGUUAAUCAUCGUGUCUUCUUACACCGCAAACCUUGCCGCAUUCUUGACCGUCGAACGGAUGGUGAGUCCCAUCGAAAAUGCCGAAGACUUGGCAGCACAGACAAACAUUGCGUACGGUACGUUGGACAGCGGUACCACCAUGACGUUCUUCAGGGAUUCCAUGAUAGAAACGUAUAAAAAAAUGUGGGCGUACAUGCGAAAGAAAAAACCAUCUGUGUUCGUGACGUCUUACAAUGAAGGUAUCGAACGUGUUUUGCAAGGUAAUUACGCUUUUCUAAUGGAGUCCACCAUGCUCGACUAUGCCGUGCAAAGAAAUUGUAAUUUGACACAAAUCAACGGACUGCUGGACUCGAAAGGUUACGGGAUAGCCACGCCGAUGGGUUCGCCGUGGAAAGAUCAGAUAUCGUUGACCAUUUUAGAUUUACAGGAAAAGGGCGAGAUACAAAUGUUGUACAACAAAUGGUGGAAACCGCCAAACGAUAAUAUGUGCGUGCCCGAAGAAUCUAACGGUGGCUCGAAAACAAACACUCUUGAUUUUAAAAAUAUUUGCGGUGUGUUUGUUGUGCUCUUGGUCGGUCUUUUUAUUUCCAUCUUCGUCGCAUUCUACGAGUUCUAUUACUACCGGAAAAAAAUGAAAUAUACCGAACAGAGAAUUGGCCCGCACAGAUCCAUGUGGAGAGAUUUGUUAGACGAACUGUGGUUCGUUUUAAAAUGCAAAGGAUCAAGACAGAGAACCGUUCUAACCCAUAGAUGCGAACAAUGUCAUCCUACAACCAUAGAACGUCGAUCCCGAAGAGACUUUAUGGAAGCCAAUAUACUAUAGAACGGUCGUAGCAGCCGUUGUUUUCUUGUGUGGACGUUAAACGAUGUGAAGACAUACGAUAAACGGAGACCGAACCUCAAUGAGUUCCUUCUUGCUACUUUCAAGUACAUCUUAGAGUCAACGCUAUUUCAAACCAGCAACAUCUAUGUAUCUACUGUAUAAUGAUUCAACUGUUG